AUGAGGCAACAGGCAGAGACAAUUGCAAAUGAACCGGGUCUAUGCGCCCUUAAUUGGUCUUCCAAGUACCUUCAUGUUGUUUCUAAUGUCUGGAUAAACUAUCUUGCAAUUACGGGAGAACUCGGUGAAUCAGCUUGGAUAAUAGCAGCCGAACAGGCCCUUCAAUUUGCUCGUAUCUUCCUUUCACAUUCUCUAUCUGCUCGAGAAUUCGGGCGAGGUAAAUUACGAUCGUUCUUGGGCGGAGAAAGUAAGGAAACCCUGACUCAAGUAAGAUUUUAUUCAAUAUAA